UGAGUUCCCCGCCUUUUGAGUGAGCAGGAGCGUCGUCGGGAAGUCUUCACAAUAACACCGAUGAUGGUUUUAAUUUGACGCUUUAUAACAGAUUUAGAGACUUUCUUUGAACAUGUAGUUUAAAGUUUGUUGUUGAGCACCAAACAUCAGGAGUCAUGUUGCUGCCGUCUGACGUCGCCCGGCUUGUUCUGGGGUACCUUCAAGAUGAGGGACUGUCCGCUACAAGCAAAGCUUUCAUUAACGAGAGCCCAAAUCUGAAAGAGUAUGCCGACCACACCACAGAAGACGGGACAAUUCCUGCGUGUGUGUUUUCUGUCUUUGGAAAAGGCCUAACAACCAUCUUAAAUGAGUAUGUUGCUGCCAAAACAAAAGAGUCCUCUCAUGAGGUACCUGCCAUGAUGACUUCAUUAUGGAAGAAGCUGGAUUUUACACUCAACCAGAUCAAAUCUCUGCAAAACUCCCCAGCUUUAUCUGCAAGUCAAAGAACACGUUCACGAGUUGGACUGGCAAACAUGGCUAGACAGCGAGCCUUGAGAGUGACUUCAGCCAGUGCUGUUGUCUGCUCAGCAGUUUCUGAAUCAAGCUCCAUCAUCAGCCCUUCACACAUCUCCCACAGUAUGCUGGGCCACUCCACUCCUGUGAGCUACAGUGCCACCUAUAUCAGACCCACUACUGGCAGUGACUCCCACCAGCAGAUCCAAGAUGAUGUCAGCCGAUUAGUAAAUACUACCAGUGAUUCAGCUGUACAGAUGAUUGUCUCAGAACAACGGUUAAAUCCGGGCCCGAUGUCUCCCGGACGAAGGAAAUGGGACACCCCAAGGAAAAGGAGUGGUGCUCCAAGUGGGUCGAGUGGCCCCAGCAGAAGUGCCAUGGCUGUGGGUGGUCACAGUGCAGAAGCCCAACCUGAGGAGGUAGUUGAUGAAAAUUUUCCUCAACUUGUGAUACAAAAUGCACGUGACAAGAUACUGGGAGACAGAUCGUUACAAGAGAAGCUUGCAGAGAACAUUAACAAAAUCCUUGGCAGUGACGCAACACCCCAAACAUCAAAACCUCCUUCAAGUACAGUGGAGGCAGACCAGUCUAUAGAUGAAAUCUUAGGAUUACAGGGGGAAAUCCAUAUGAGUGACGACGCCAUUCAUGACAUUUUGGAGCAAACAGAGUCCGACCCAGCUUUUCAGGCGCUCUUUGACCUGUUUGAAUGCAAUAAAACAAAGUUCCCUGAUGGAGAACCAGAAGAUGGAAAUAAUAAUAGUAGUCAACAAGACGGUGAGACAGCUGGACCUUCAACCACAGUCAGACCUUUUCAAAAUGAUGUACCAGACGCAACACAAAAAGAGGUUAACAACUUGGAUCAAACGGCAAUCGCGGUAAAGAUGAGAGCGCAAGACCAGAAAGAGCGCAAGACCAGAAAGUCAACUGCUCCCACCUUGUUAAAGAAAACGUUUAUUGGCCCCAGCAGCAGAUCAUCGAGAAUAGAAAACAGCUCUGCCAGAUUGCUCGUGAGUCAUGGGCAGCACCGAGGUGUUUCUUCUGCAGGGAACUCAAACAGAAAAUUACAGGCCUCACUUACCAAUAAGAGUGAUUUUGAAAAACCAAUGGACAUCGAUGGACCUUUGAAUACACCUCCUGCUCCUUUAAACAUUAUGGCUACUCUGGAGCCUGCUCCAAAGGACAGAGCUUUGACCACAGCUUCUCUCAGUGACUCAACCAUAGUUACCUCGUCAAGAGCCUCUGCUGCAUUUGCUCUGCCAGAAUUCACAUUGUCAUCUUAUGUGGACAAAAAACAGGAGUUUAAACAGACACAAGCAUCUAAAGAGCAACCUGCUGCAGUCUGUGCAUCCGCUUUUAGUAAUCCACCUGUGUGUUUGUCUACUGUACAAGAUGAAAUGAACAGCCCUCCAACACAGACUUCUUACCUACCUCACAUGUCACUCUCAAGCAGUGGAGGAGACAACCAGCCAGUGUUUACUCUCUCGACGUUAGAAUCUGCCUCAUCCACAUCUGCUUCCAGCUUUACCACAGGUACAACUGUGUGUGCCCUGCCCUUAUUAACUUCCACCACUCCAUCACUCCAAGAAACAACCGGCUCAACCAAAUCUGCUCCUGCGUUGCUUUCACCUGCUUCAUCUGCAUCACCCGUGCCCACCCCCUCUUACGCCCCAGUUGUUGCCGCACCUGAUCCUCCAAGUGACAACCACACCACCCCAAGCAAGGCUGCCACUGAUUCUAAUAUAGUUUCUUUGAAGAUCAUCAUCAGUGAUAACCAGGAUGAGCAUUCUUCCAGUGACAUGGUCUUGAAUCCGGCAGUUUCAAGUAUACCUGGUGAAAAGAUACCCACCAUCUACCUUUCCUCUCCAGCUAAGUCUCCUGCAGGCCCAGUCCUUCCGAAAGCCAACUUGGACGAGGCAGCGCUGGCAGUAAGUGGCUUACAGAGCUCAGAAGGACAUUUGAGUCCUCUCAGCAUUAAAGGUGGGGCUGUAGUUGCCUCCCCAUUAACUGGGACAUCACAGGCUCAGCAGAACUACAUUAUUCAACUACCUCUGGACACCACUAACCAUGCACUUCAAGGAGCCACCGCCAGCUAUUACCUUGUGACUGAUCCCUCGUCCACUGAUGCUCAAACCAGACAGAUGCUACUUUCUACUGGUGUCUCCAAGGGACAGCCUUUGCCCACCAACCAGUAUGGGGUGACAACACCAACUGGCACUCAAGGCUUCACCACGGGGUCGGCACUCAUUUUACCAUCACCUGUUAAGCCCAUGAUGCUUCCUGUUUCUGUCAUGGGUCAAACAACUCUGGGAGCGGUCCAGGUGGUGUCGAAUCAGAUUGUCGCCAUACCAAACCCUGUACCUGUGCAGAAGUCACAAACUGUGAAGACCAAACAUCCAACAGUAGCAGUCAAACAGUCCUCAACUGCAGGCACAGAGCAACAUCUGGUCGGUAAGUCAGCUCAACCUGUGUCAGCUGAAACCACAGGCCAGCAGAAUACAGAAAAGGCUUCCAAACAUAGGAGAAUUUUAUGUUUCGACUCUUCUGCAGAAGUUCAAAAACAGUCUGCGAAAACCACUUUACCUCCAGCUCCAAAUAGAUCAUCAGCACAACCUGUUCAGCUGACUGUGAAAGAAAAGUCACACCCAGCCAUUCGAACAAAGCCUAAUAUAUUGGGUGGCAACAAACCCAAGAGGAGGGUUCACCCUGUCAGAUGUUCAACAGAUCCCCAGCCUGGAGGAAGCUUUGUGAAGGAGGUGGAGAUGUUAGUCACUCCACAACAGCACCAGAAGGAGAACCCUGGCAAACAAGGCAACAGACAAAACCAAGAGUCUCAAAGUGCAAGUACCAGCAGGGUGGAUGAAUCAAAGCUUGAGCCUUUGAAAAAGUCAGACCAAGACCGAAAAUCACAAUCUAUUGAUCGGAAACAUGGUCACGACAAGGAUGGUGAGGGAGCAACAGAAAAGGAUCCUCAUAGAUCUCGGUCAUUGUCCUCUGAAGAUCCACUGAAAUCAGGAACUAUAAUUGAGAAAGACGAGAGCAGCAAAAAAGAACUUGGAGAAAAAGCUCCUGCCAAAUCACGUGAGGGGCAUACAGAGAAGAGGACUUUCUCUCAAGAGGUGCCAAAUGUGACAGCCAACAAGGAGAAUGAAAUUAAGGGGAGCACACAGGGGCAGUCAACACCUUCAUCCUCAGCAUCAAAAGACAUUAGUUCUCCAGCUGUAUCCCAGGCUACAUCUAAUCCACAGUCCAAGGCUACUAAACCCCCCUCAAAGACCAGCUCUCUGGCCAAACAGGCAGCGGAGAUGCUUCAGGACAUUAAGGGGCAAACCUUCCCUUCCACUCCAGUAAAGAGACCUGGAGUUGGCCUUUCGGACCUUAAUCUUCCACCAACCCCUAGUACUGAUCUAAACACAGAUGAAUUGGCUGACUGUGCAAGGACUCCUUCUCGACAGAGGAAAGGCAAAGAUAAAGAGGGGACUCCCAAGCAUCUAAUGCCUGCCAACACCCCUGACGUCCCCACCUGCAGCCCAGCCAGUGAAGCUGGCAGUGAAAACAGCAUCAACAUGGCUGCUCAUACGCUAAUGAUUCUUUCUCGUGCUGCCAUCGCCAGGACGGGCACUCCACUAAAGGACAGUUUGCGCCAGGAGGGAGUCGGAGAAAAGUCACCCACAAGCUCAAAGAAUGCUAAGAAGCGUAAACCGUCUUCUCCCACCGCCAGUCCUCCUGCAAAGAAAGACAGAGAACGGAAGAAAAUGAUGGAUUGCUUUCCCCAUGACUUGGAUGUGGACAAGUUCCUAUCUUCCCUUCACUAUGAUGAAUGAAAUGGCACUAAACACGGCAACAGGAAAGGGCUACUGCAUAACUACCUGGUUAGGUUAUGAUCUAUGAAUAGAACAAGCCAUCUGCUAAACCUGUGCCUUUGGUUCCUAUUGGUAGCCUUGCCCAAGACUUUAUCAGCUCCUUAGCCAAUGAGUGGCUUGAUUUGGUUGAUUUGUCUCUGUUGUUUGUGAUCUGCUCCAAAUCAUGUUCAGUGUAGCAGAGGGGCAGCCAUGGCACUUUGUUGUAUUUUAUUAUCUAUAUGCUCAUUGUUUUGCACUACAGCAAAACAAACACACAUGUUUGUGGGGCAUUUAAACAUAAUGGGUGCCUGUCGUUGAAGUUAGCGGUUCAAAGCAUUUCUUUGGUCAAUAUUUGACUCCAGUUUGAAGAAUUCUGUAAACACUGACUGACAGGUUUUAUGUAGAAUACAUUUUGAAAUAUGUCUCUAUGAGUUAUACAAAAUGAAGAGCUCUCUUUGAUUUCAGGUUUAACAAUUAUAGAAGUCUGUUUUAUUGUUGUUUUUUUCCCUCAGAAUAAGGAACAGUGUAUGUGACAAUAACUGCAAGUGUUUGAGUUUGCAUACUAAUGCCACAUUUCAUGUUGCAAUAAAACAAAGAAACAGU